ACACAAUAACAUUUAAGUAAUCGUGUAAAUAUAUAUUUAAUAAUUAUUUGUGGCCUAUGUUUUUUUUUUUUUUUGCAGAAGGACACAGUUUUGAAGAAGCGUUCGUCGCAAUGGUGACGUCAUGUAAAUGCGCCGGAAAUGUUCAUGUUUGUCUCUCGAUAUACAUCCAAAUACGACAUUAGCAACGCGUCUUUUCGUGUAAUCGCUGGAAGACAUUAUCAACAAUGUUGAAAGAGUUGGUGAAGGAGCGACUGAUGGCGGCAGCUGAUGAAAUAUUCGCGCUGUUUGAAAAAACCGUAGCGUCGUACGAGAAGGAACUUUCUCGAACAAGAGAGAAGGAACGACAACAACUGGAAGCUGUUAGGGAGACUCAAACGGUGCUAGGCAUUAAAGACUUCCAGCAGCCGAUUCGUCAUCAAGAAAUAAGCCCCCCGCUGCCACGGCCCCCCCACAUUAAAGAGGAAAAACAGGUACUGUGGAUCACUCAGGAAGGGGAGUGUUUUCUCGGGCCGAACCAGGUUGAUCUCACCAAGCUGCCACUGACUGGUGUCUCUGUGAAAAAUGAGGAUCAAGGCGAACCACCCGAGUCCUCAGAGCUUCAUCACAGUCUGAGGGACGAGAACAGAUGGGCGGAGUCUUCAAGCAGCGACAAUUCACAGCACAUGACAACUGAAGCUGCUCGAGGACCACAAGCAGACAACCUCUUAGCUCCACUAUCCGAUAGUGACGACACAACGUCACACUAUCCUGAGGAUGAAGACUGGGACAACACCCAAGAACUGUUGAGCGACGAUACACCCUGCAAAGGUGAUAUAAGGACUCCCAUUAACAAAAAACACUCUGAAUGCUCUAAGGACAAGAUCUGUUUCACUUGCUCUGUUUGUUCCGAAACCUUUUCUCAAAAGAGGGACUUAAAUCGACACAUAAAAACACACACCACAGAAAACCCUUUUUCUUGCUCAUUUUGUGGCCAUACGUUUCCUUUCAGGUCUACUUUUAAGCGACACAUGAGAACACACACCGGAGAAAAACCCUUUUCUUGUUCAAUUUGUGGUAAAAGAUUCCCUCAAAAGUCCAAUUUUAUAACACACAUGAGGCAACACACUGGGGAAAAGCCUUUUAGUUGUUCAGUUUGUGGCAAAAGAUUCUCUCAAAAGUCCAAUUUCAUAACACACACGAGGCAACACACUGGGGAAAAGCCGUUUAGUUGUUCAGUCUGUGGUAAAAGAUUCUCACAAAAGUCACCCAUGGUAUUACACAUGAAAACACACUCGGGAAAACUGUAUCCCUGUUCAUUUUGUGGUAAAAGGUAUUAUUAUAAGACAAGCUUGAAUGUACACAUGCGUAUGCACAAUGGAGAAUAGAACAGACCUUCCUGGGUUUUGCCGUGUCGCGACUUCGCCGAUUCACGCAAUUUCCACCAACCUUUGUAAAUAAAGUGCGGCAUUGCAACCAUCAUCUUCAUUUUUGCCGAUCAAAACUGUCCCUAGUAAGGCUAGACCAGGGGUGUCAAACUCAUUUUAGACCAGGGGCCACAUGGAGAAAAAUCUACUCUCAAAUGGGACCGGAAUGGUAAAAUCACGGCACGAUAGCUUAAAAAUAAAGACAACUUCAGAUUGUUUUCCUUGUUUAAAAAUAGAACAAGCACAUUCUGAAAUUGUACAAAUCAUAAUGUUGUUGAGUUUGUUUUUUUUACAAUUAGCUGUUGCGGUUAAUGGUAAAUGUACUUUAUUUGUCGUUCUUUAUAUUUUCUGAAUAAAUUAUGUGAUGAUGUUCAUCAGUCAACUCAUUGGUGCAUUUUUUUUUAAAUGUAACUUGCAUAUUUAAGUGUCAGAAGAAAAAAAUCGUAAAAUUUAAAAUAUAUUUUUAAGACAUCUCUGCGAUCUAGCUGCACAUACUGUUUGUCUGGUAAGAGCAUAUGUAGUGUAUCAUUCCGGCAACUCAGAGGGAGGGUCCGGUGCGGAGCUAAUUAGAUGUUGCAAAUGUUUCAGCAUGAAGGAGAAAUUAAUGUUUGGGCGCACUUUGAAUUCUAAAAAAUCCCUGUGGCUUGUGCAGCCCUUUGAGACAUUCGUGAUUUAGGGCUAUAUAAAUAAACUUUGAUUGAUUGAUUGAGUAAAAAGGUGCUAAACGUCAAUGCAGUUAUGUUACGAUCAACGCACUGAUGGCGCGAAAACAUGUCUGUGUUUUUGUUUUUGUGUGUGCACGGAUGAGAUUAUUUGGCAAGCACCGUUUUGUCCUACUAAUUUCAGCGAUCCUUGAACUCAUCGUAGUUUGUUUAUAUGUACAACUUUCUCCGAUGCUGCCACAGAAAGACGUGUUUUACGCCACUCCGUCUUUUUCUCAUUUUGUCCACCAAACGUUUUAUGCUGUGCGUGAAUGCACAAAGCUGAGCUUUGUUGAUUUUAUUGAAUUGCUGGAGUGCUUACCAGGCAUAUUUUGUCAAUCCAUGACUGCAAGCUAAUCGGUGCUAACAUGCUAAAUAGGCUAGCUGUAUGUACAUAUUGCAUCAUUAUGCCUCGUUUGUAGGUAUAUUUGAGCUCGUUUAGUUUCCUUUACUCACGUCCUCUGUGUAUUUACUUUAUAUUUGCAUGUCUCAUGACACAUUAUCUGUAUGUAAUAUUGGCUGCAUUUCUGAUAGUUGUUUGUGUGCCACGUUGUUCCAGACCACAGCAAACGUUACCCAACACGCAAAGAUUGUAAUAAAUCCAUUAGAAGAAGACAGGUUAUUUUUUUGUAUCUUUGGUCCAAUAUGGCUCUCAACAUAUUGGGUUGCCGACCCCUGGUGUAACCUAUCGGAGAUUCCCCAAAAAAUGAAGCUUAGUUGCUAAACGUCAUUGUUGUUGUACUUCAAUACUGUAUAAUGUUCACUUAAUUUUGGUGUCAAAUUUAUGUGCAGACUGAAAUCAUUUUGAUCGUGUGUGGACAAAAAAUGUACAAUUUAUAGGAUUACAACGUCAAACUGGGAUAGAGUUUAUUAUUUCAAAUAAACCGUAUAGGACUGG